AACUCCAGCCGCCCCCCCGUGCAGCUCUCCCCUCCAAUUCCACCCCGCCCCACUUCCAGCCUCCCGCACCCCGCGGGGGGGCUCCCGGAUCGGCAGGAUGUACCCCCAAGGAAGGCACCCGACCCCGCUUCAGUCCGGCCAGCCCUUCAAGUUCUCAAUCUUGGAGAUCUGCGACCGCAUCAAGGAGGAAUUCCAGUUUCUGCAGGCUCAGUACCACAGCUUGAAGCUGGAAUGUGAGAAGCUGGCCAGCGAGAAGACUGAGAUGCAGCGACACUAUGUUAUGUACUACGAGAUGUCCUACGGACUGAACAUUGAGAUGCACAAACAGGCUGAGAUUGUGAAGCGGCUCAGUGGAAUCUGCGCUCAGAUUAUUCCCUUCCUCACCCAGGAGCACCAGCAGCAGGUGUUGCAGGCCGUGGAGCGGGCCAAGCAGGUGACCGUGGGCGAGCUGAACAGCCUCAUUGGGCAGCAGCAGUUCCAGCCCUUAUCCCAUCAUGCCCCGCCGGUGCCCCUCACCCCGCGGCCGGCCGGGCUGGUGGGGGGCAGCGCCACCGGGCUGCUCGCUCUGUCGGGAGCGCUGGCUGCACAGGCCCAGCUAGCAGCCGCUGCCAAAGAGGACCGCGCAGGGGUGGAGGCCGAGGGAUCUGGGGGUGAAGAGAGCUGCAAGCAGGAGCGCGUCCCCCUCGCCCCCUGAGAGCCUGGUGGAAGAGGAGCCACCCAGCGUCCCCGGGGGCCCUGGCAAGCAGAGGCCCGAGGACAAGGAGCUGUCUGGAC